UGCCGCCGAUAUACAUCCGUUCGAGAGAAGGCUAGAGGCAGGCUGUCAUCCUGGAUGACGACUGGAUGUAGCAUCCUUUUUCCAGUUUUGAGAGGAAGAAUCUGUGGGCGAUCUCAGAUAAAAUGCCGUCGCUUUUAUUCUGUGGGCCUAAAUUGGCCGCCUGUGGGAUCGUGUUAAGCAUCUGGGGUGUCGUUAUGCUGUCAAUGUUGGGAAUCUUCUUCAGUGCAAAAUCUGCUGUGCUGAUCGAAGAUGUUCCCUUUACUGAGGAAGACAUCCGUGAUGAUAAGAAUCCACCACAGACAAUUUACGGACUCUACAACCAAGUUGGAAUCAACUGCUUCAUUGCCGCUGCCAUCUACGUAGGUGUUGGCGCAGUGUCUCUGUGUCAGGUUCGCCUUAACAAGCGGCAGGAGUACAUGGUCACAUAAAUCCAGACCAUUUCAAAUUCAACUCCAAUUAUUCCUAAUUAUUUAUUUUUAAAAGACUUCUCGACAAACUAGGAGGAGAUUUUGCUUUGUUAUGUUGUCUGAAAUUGAUAUAUUUGGAAGAUCAUCUUUAAAUACUAGAUAUAUUGAUAUUCUAAUGAAGACAAAGUGUCCAAGACAUACAGUAAAUAGGCACAAAUACAUGCUGUGUGCAUAUAUAUGCAUGUCAUGUGUUGUUAAAUUCCUUUAAUGGUUGUCUUCUGAUCAAUGAGCUAUUAGACACUAAAAACAAUGGGUUGAUGUUAGUAGCUUGUGUUCAUGUUGAAUGUGUGUGUAUGGUGGACAUUUUUUGAAUUCCAAUCUUUUUGUGUGUGUGUGUGUGUGUGUGUGGUAAUAUAAAUGUCUAUUAUUUUAUUGAUGUACACCAUGCAACCCUUGUUCUAUGUACUUGAUAUUAUCACAACUGUGAUGAACAAUACAAGAUAAGUGAAUGGAGAGGUCUUAUGUUCCCUUCAAUAAAAUACUAGUGAAAAA